AUGACGUCAUCAGGCCCACCGCCCAACGACACCGGCGGCGGGAAGGGGGCUCCUUCCCCGGGACAUGCCAAGAAACCUCCCGCGGGCGCGUUGUGACUGCGGGGGCGGGCGGUGCCCGGUGGUACCCGCGGGGGAGUGGCGGGGUUGCCAGAGCCGGGUCACCGGUGCCACUGCGAGCGGCACCGCUGGAGCGCGAUCCCCGGGACGCGGCCAACGGGGCGAGCCCGCUGCAUCCUGAAUCCCGCUGCUCCGUUUCCUCACAGCCUCCCAAGGCAGCCGCCACUGCUCUCCUGCUUCCGAGAGAUACCCAGCCCACGUUCACUUUUUCCCUGGUAUUUCCAGCCUGUGAGCAACGCGCUCAUCAUCGGCGCUGAGGGAGCACCCGGCGCGGUGAGCAGGCGAUGGCCGGGGCUGUGGUGCCCCCAAGACAAUGUCACCGGGCUGGGCACAGCCCUCACGAACACAGCGUUGCUGCCCACCCCGCUGGGGACGUCUUGUUAUACCCUGCUGUGCCAGCUAGGGGAAAAUCUCCAUGCAAAAAGUUCCCGAACGCUUAAUCUGCCUGAAACUCCCGGCCCGGCUCCCCGGAGACGGGGUGUGUCAGGCCGGCCGCCCACUCCGGAGCUCGGCAGUGCGUGUCUGCCCAGCCUGGCGUGACCGCAGGCCGCCUCCCGCCCCGGCGGCCGGAGCCUGGCCGUGCUCAUCUGCCUCGUGGUGACAUUAAAUGUCACCGGCUCCGAGCGGGACACAUGCGCUCCCCCCGCCCUCACUCUGAGUCACUUGGCAGGAACAAAGUGUUUCAAGCACAGAUCUUGGCGCACGCUCUGACCCAGCGCCAAAAUAAAGUCAGGACUGGAGCGCUGAUGGGAGUGAACCAGCGUUUGCCGUUCGUCAUUUAUUUGGCCAGGAUUAGACCCCUCAGAGCUGAAAGCGGUACCGGGGCCAGCGGCGAUCAUCAAACCAGCACUGAAUAAGCGACUGCAGCAGGCGGUGGCUGUGUGGAACACAGUUCUGCCCGGGGUUCGGCGGCCGCCGAGGCACCGCUGCUGUACUGAGCGGCCGCGCGGGUGGAAGAACAGAACCGCACGGGGCUGGGUCAGAGGCACGGCGAGCACCCGCCGGCACCGAGCACCGGGCCCACCCGGAACACCCGCACUGCGCGUGCGCACCGCCCGGAGAGGAUCGCCACUUCCGGGGCGGGACACCUUACCGGAAGUUGGUGUUACCGUGUUACCGUGUAACGGUUGCUUGGCAACGGCGGCGCAGCGCAGCCAUGGCGGACGAUGACUUACCCAUCGUCUCCUUCGGGAGUCUCAUGACCGAGGGGACAACCCUGAGCCGGCGCGGCCAGCACGACAAGGCUCUGGGCUGCUUCAAUGACGCACUGAAGCUGAGAGCAGGAGACAAGCACUGCCUUAUCACCCGCUCCAAGUGUUUUCUGAAACUCGGAGACACAGAAAACUCCUUGAAAGAUGCUGAAGCCUCACUCCAAAUUGACAACACGUUCUAUGAGGGGCUUUACCAAAAGGCAGAGGCACUGUACACCAUGGGUGACUUUGAGUUCGCGCUGGUGUUUUACCACCGAGGCCGAAGGCUCCGCCCUGAUCUGCACAAGUUCCAGCUGGGCAUCAACAAGGCUGAGGAGGCAAUUGUCAACUGCAUUGGGAAUCCAUCCUCACUGAAGCUGGAGAGCAAGGAGGAGCUGUGCUUUGUGAGCAGGCAGGCAGAGCUGCAGAGCAAAAAAGACAACCAGAAACAGCAAAACAAACCAAAGGAUCAAAAGGAUAAAAAAGACAUGAAGAAGAAAAGUCCAAAAACAGAGCAACAGCUUCUGGGAGAGCUUUAUGCUGACAAGGCAUACCUGGAGAAGUUGCUCAAGGAUGAAGACUUGAUGCAGAGCAGCACAAGGCAGGGGAUCAAAGUCAUGGACCUGGUUUUGGACGGCAUCUCGUACCUGAACCGCCGGCAGGACUUCUGGCAGCAGCAGAAGCCGAUUUACGCGCGGGUGCACGAGCGCAAGGUCCUGCGGCAGGAGCGCAAGCACGACAAGAAACCAAAACCUGCUGAAAUUAGCAGAUCCAUCGAGAAGACUAUGGAGGAUAUUGAGAUGUUUCUGGCCAGAGGUUCUGCUGAACAAAGCUGCAGGAAAGCUGAACGUCUGCUGAAAAAGAUACAAGCGUGGUCAGAGGAGGAAGUUCCCAACAAGAAUGAGCUGAUAGGAAACCUCUACAGCCGCAUUGGGAAUGCACAGCUGGCAAUGGGACAGAUGGAGGCAGCCUUGUGCAGCCAUAAGAUGGAUCUGGAUUGUGCCAGGCAGAACGCUCUGACAGAUGCCGAGUCCCGGGCCCUGGACAACAUCGGCCACGUGUACGCCCGAAUUGGCAAGUUCCAGCAGGCCAUCAGCACCUGGGAGGAGAAGAUUCCACUAGCCCAAUCCAGCCUGGAGAAGGCCUGGCUGUUCCAUGAAAUUGGGCGGUGCUACCUCGAGCUGGAUAAAGCUGAAGAAGCCCAAAAAUAUGGGCAGCAGUCCCUGCAGUCAGCAGAUGAAGAGGGAGAUGUGGAGUGGCAGCUCCACGCCACCGUGCUGGUGGCACAGGCACAAGUGAAAUUGAAAGACUACCGGUCUGCAAUCCUGAAUUUUGAAAGGGCUCUGGAUAAGGCGAAGCUUGUGCCCAGUGAAGCUGCUCAAAAUGGCAUCAUUGCGGCCUUGGACAGUGUGAGCAAAAGCUUCAUUGCAGAGCUGGAAAAAACCGCACAAGAAGAUCUCUCCUUCAGUGAAAAAUUCACCCCUGGGAAGCAGGAAGAGAAGGAGAAAGAGGAACAACAGGCAGAGAAUUAGGAUGAAAAGCAAGAAGAGGAAGCCAGAAACGGUACAUAAGCAGACGGGAACAAUACAUAAGCAGACAGAAGCGUUAAAGAGGGGGGAAAUGGAGAAGGAAAUAAAGGAGGGGAGUGGGGAAAAGUAGAGCCUAGGCGGGAAGGAUGAAAUAAAUAUUGAGCAAGCGUCAUACCCAGC